AUGGCGCCCGCCGUACGAGCCGAAGUGACAUUAGUCUCGCUCAAGAACUGUCUGGUCAACCUGCCGCCCGGACUGAUCGCAUUGAUCAACAAUACGAAUAUACCAGCUCAAAAUGUCGUCGUCGAGCUGCAAUACCGGUCGCAGACGCUUUCUGCCGCAUCCAUCUCGAGCAACAAUGCAGCCGGAUUCCAGCGAUCCGCCUAUGUGGGAUGGACGGGAAUGCCGAGCCGGACCAGACCUGCGUCGGUCAUAAACAACAACAACGACCGAAGUCGAUCUGGAUCCGGGGCCAGGGAGCAGCAGGACAGUCAAAUGGUGGAAAUCGACGCGACGUUUGCAAAAGUGCUCGGCCUGUCCGAAGGUCAGAAGAUCGGCAUCUUGAUCCAUCUGGACCCGCCGGUCGCACACAGCAUCAACAUUGAACCUCUUACUCCGGCCGAUUGGGAAGUGAUCGAACUGCACGCCACAUUCUUGGAAUUGAACCUGCUAUCUCAGAUCCGAGCCCUGCCGAAUCCCGCCUUUAGCGGCAAGGCCACCGUCCAGGCCGAACAUAGCCACCCUCUGACGCUGCACCUGUCCCCGACCGCCACGGCCAACAUCAUUGUCACCUCUUUGGUUCCUCCCAUUCCGAGCACCUCUCCAUUCGCCAAAAUCGCCCCGGACGCCGAGGUCAUUGUCGCUCCCAAAACUCGACAAAGGUCGGGCCGAAGCACCAGGGGAGACUCGAGGAGCAUCGCCAGCAGACGCAGUGGCAAAAGCGGCGUCAGCAAUGCCCGCGGUUCGAACUCGAAGAGAGGUGCGGUCAAAGCUGCCAUCUUCAUGCGCGGCAUCGACCGGGCCACUGCAGACGGGUUUUUCGAUGAAGCGUCGAAUGCACCUCCAACCGACAAACUCUGCGUGUGGCUCAGCGACGACGUCAUUGCAGCAGAGCAGCUCAAGGCGGCCACAUGGGCAAAUGUGACAGUGGUGAAGCCGUCCGGGUUGCGGGCGCCGCUGGAUUCGAAUCAGAUCAAUCAGCUGAAGGAGGAGGAAAGCGGCGAAGUUGGAAGACCGGCGUCCAAGCUUGUGGCCCAAGUCCUGCCGUGGCCGAAUGCCCUCGACAAUCGACACGUGGUCCUGUCAUCUUCUCUGUGCAGAAUGCUCGGAGUUGAAGGUAUGGUGGGCAUCAUUGUCCGGCUCGAGGCCGCAGCACCGCCACUGCCGCGAUAUUCGAUCAAGAAGUUCCAAUUCUACCCCUUUCUACCGUCGAAUUCGAAUUCGAAGAGGAAAGAAGGCCUGAAGUUUGGCGGAGACUCACGAGCUGCGAAACAAGCCCUUGCAGACAAGCUUCGCCUGACCUUUUCUGGCGACGACGGCCUUCUUUCGGGCCCCAUCACUGACGGGAUGGUCCUGCCUCCUGCUGGAGAUGCAUCUUCUGCUUCAUCGUUUGACGGUGGGAUUUUGAGAUUCCGCCGAGCCACAGGCCAAGACGAGGACCGGGACCGGGGAGACUCCUGCCUGUGGGUGCAUGGACUGGAGCAAGACCACGAAUUCGACGUCAAAGCAGAAGUUCCGAGGCCCGUCGAACUGACCAGCAUCUUUUCCACUUUCGCGCACGGCAUUCCAGCCAAAGUCCCGCACUUGGUGGGCGCCGACGAUGUUCUCAAACAAUGCAUGUCCAAUCUGACCCUGUGCUCGUCCGUGCUCUUGACCGGCGGGGUCGGGUCGGGCAAGACCUCGCUUGCCCAGUGCAUCUCGCAACGGCUGCGAGAAGAUUAUGUAUUCAACGUGACCUAUUUCGCCUGUCAGAAGCUGGUCACCGACGAAACGAGGGUCUCCACGAUCAAGGAGACCUUGACGAGACUGUUCAUGUCGGCGUCCUGGUGCGCCAGACUGGGUGGGCAGUCGGUCGUGGUGCUGGAUGACUUGGACAAAAUCUGUCCCGUCGAGACUGAAUUGCAGGUCGGAAAUGACAACGGCCGCAGUCGCCAGAUCACCGAAAUUCUGUGUGCCAUUGUCCGGCAGUACUGCAGCAUCCAUUCCGGCGUGGCCUUGCUGGCCACCGCCCAGUCGAAAGAUGCGCUGAACAGCAUCAUUAUUGGCGGCCACAUCGUCGGCGACAUCGUCGGCAUCAAAGCGCCGACGAAAGAAGUGCGCCGCGACCUUCUCGACUUUCUGACCAACGAUGGCUCAACACCAAGACACGGACACGCACACGGACACGGCCGAAACGAGAGCGACACACAAAGCAUGUCCGAGAGUUCCUGGAUGGACCCGUCGGACCCGUCGAACCCGUCGUCUCGACCAGGCUCGUCCACUUCUUCAUCUAGAGUCGAAGGCGAAGGCUUCCGCCUCUCUCACGGCCUCGACUUGCUGGACAUUGCAGGUAAAACGGACGGGUACAUGCCUGCAGACCUUGUCCUUCUUGUGUCGCGGGCGAGGAACGAAACCCUGACCCGGAUCAUCGGCGAAAACGACAACUUCGACGGCCCUGCAACCAUCACCAAGGCCGACUUUGCCGCCGCGUUGAACAAUUUCACGCCAUCCUCCUUGCGGAACGUCACACUGACCCGUUCAAGCACUACAUUCUCCUCGAUCGGCGGGUUGAAAGGCACCCGGAACACGCUGCUCGAGACGCUCCUCUACCCCACAAAGUACGCGCCCAUCUUCGCGCGCUCGCCACUGCGCCUGCGGUCGGGGAUCCUGCUGUACGGCUACCCGGGCUGCGGCAAGACGCUACUCGCGUCGGCCGUCGCCGGCGAAUGCAACCUGAACUUCAUCUCGGUCAAGGGUCCUGAGAUCCUCAACAAGUACAUCGGCGCGUCGGAAAAGUCGGUGCGCGACCUAUUCGAGCGUGCCCAGGCCGCCAAACCGUGCGUGCUGUUCUUCGACGAGUUCGACAGCAUCGCCCCGAAACGCGGGCACGACAGCACCGGCGUCACGGACCGGGUGGUGAACCAGAUGCUCACGCAGAUGGACGGUGCCGAGGGCCUCGAAGGCGUCUACGUGCUGGCAGCCACGUCCCGGCCCGAUCUGAUCGACCCUGCCCUCCUCCGUCCGGGCCGGCUGGACAAGAGUUUGCUGUGCGACAUGCCGGACAUGGACGACCGGGUAGACAUCCUCCGCGCCGUGAGUAAGCAGCUGCAGCUGACUCCCGAAGUCGACAAUCGUCUACUCAGCGUGGCUCAGCGCACCGACGGCUUCAGCGGCGCCGACCUCCAGGCGCUCAUGUACAAUGCGCACCUGGAGGCUAUCCAUGAUUUGCUCGGCGACAUCAAACUCGGCGACAAGGACAAAGUCAACGGCUCUAAUGGUGCCCGAGACGGCGCAAGUGGGGGCCCAGGCCGCCGGCGCAAACGCAAUGGCACCGACAAGCACGACUUCGUCCAGUUUCUCUACUCGGCUGAAGAGGACGCGCGGGCAAAGAAACUCCUCACCUCGUCUGCCAUGGAUUCGAGGGCAACUGUCGCCGCCAAACUCGAAGAGCUCAAACUAGCGCGGAAGCGUGAGAAGGAGCUGCUCCGGAGCAGUCUCGCUCGACAUUCGUCUACUUCGACAUCGGCGGGUAUAGAGAGCAAUACCAACGGCAAGGAAGACGGGUCCGGGAAAGAGGAGGUCAUCAUUGAAUGGAGGCACGUGGAGAAAUCACUGGCAACGACCAAGAGCUCCAUCUCCCGUGAUGAGCGACGGCGGCUGGCGGCCAUCUACCGCGAGUUUGUUGUGGGAAGAAAUGGAGAGAUGCCCAGCGGCGAAGGCAACCGAGAGGUUGGUGGACGGACGAGUCUGAUGUGA